UCAACUCCACGGUUUUAGUUUGGGUGUCGUGUAGCGUCUGCUGGUAGAUGGCCCAGAGCAGGACGGAAUUACAGAGUAGUCAGUGUGCUGGUUAAAUGGAGUUUGUGUUGAGUAUUCCAUCAGCUAUCAGAGAUUGGAGUACAUAAGAGUCCAAGUCGACAUGAACCUGCUAUGAGACUAGAGGAACUCCAUGCAAGGAUAAGAGGUAAAGAGAAUAGACUCGUUGGUGAUGAUGUCGAUAUAUAUACGGUAUAUGGUAUAAAUAUAUAUGGAGUUGAGAACCCUCAUUUCUGAAUGUUUAGUCGCAGCAGCACCACAACGACGACAUCAGGCAACAUUACGGACUGAAACUGAAGGCGACGGUGAUCAUAGCGAGCGGCAAUGUCCAGUGCGCGCUGCAAGGGGGACCGCGGUCGUGGAUUUUGCGCCUCUACAUCAUUCAUAUUUAGAAUAGAAUAGAUAAUAACCGCGGCGAAAUUGAAAUAACUGUUGCUCUUGCGCGGUUUUACAUUUAUAAUAAUAACAACAACAGUAAUUAUUAUUACAAGCAAACUAACUAAAUAUUUAAGUAAAACGUGGUGUGUAUUGAAGGCUGUCUCUCUCCCGCCUGGAAUCUCCGUCAGCCAGUGUAAGAUUUAACGCGACUUGUAGAAACAAAAAAAUUUAUAUACAUAUAUAUGAGACAAGUCGUGGUGUGGUUUUGCUGAAGCGAACUAGACGACGCAGAAAGCGCCAAGAAGUGUGAUGUGUGAUAAUUUUUGAGUUGUGUGCUUGUGCUAGCUCAACUCCGUGCCGUGGUGCUCAAGAACCGCGGGAGUUGAAAAGAGUUAACUAAACACAUAACAACCGAGGAGAGGAGGGGGAGAGAGUGAAAAGUGUCAGAGAGCGAGCGAGAGGUUGAUACCCAAGUGACAGAGACGAGGACGUACGUGCUCGUGGGGGUUGCAAAGGGGUGUGGAGGUGGAGAUAAAUAAUCGUAUAUAUUUAUUGUUAAUCCACAGUUUGUUGUUUAUGUUAAAACGUACAUAUGUAAAAAAUAUCGAGGCGUCCAGUGAGCUCGCCGGUGACGGCGUCUAGUGUUUAGUCGAGUUAGCGUCUCCUCCCGCGUGUGAUGUUUUAUUCUACACUCUACCUACCUCGUAUGUCGUCUAUUUAUCUCUCAGUACUGUUACUGUACAUACGAUCCUCAUAUAGGAGUGCAGUACAAUCAAGAAGUUAAGUGAAUAAAAGUAUAUAAAUAUAUAUAUAUAUAUCAAUAUAUAACAAUAAUAAUAAUAAUAAGAAUAUUAGUGUAGUGUAGUGUUGAUAAUAAUAGCAUGUAAAUGUAAUAUUGGUAUUGGAGUUUAAGUUGCUAUUGCUGGUGAGUGCUGGGUGCUAGAGCCAGAGCCAGAGCCACCAUGAGUUGUCAGGCCGUCUAGCGUAGUAGUAACACGAAGAGCGAGAGAGACAGCUCUGAGGGGAGUGCGAUAGUCGAGGGAGAGACGGAGCGAGGCUCUAAAGCAGCAGCAGCAGCAGCAGCUCAAAGGCGGUAUAAAAAUGGCGUCCGAUAACGAAGCCUCCUGCGUGAGUGACCCAAAUUUUGCUGUGAUCUGUUCAUUUCUUGAUUGUUUUGGUAAAUCAUGUGGUAUAGAGUACCCGGAUAUUGCGACACUGCAAAAAAUGCUCGAGGACACCCAUGAAGUGCCGCAACAAUUAGUGGAUCUUCAUAUAAAGUUGUUACGAAAAACUAGAAAAAGUGUUACGACUGAAAAAUGGGAACGAGCAUUAGUUAAAUUUUGUCACACAUACUCCAAUCAGGAUGGCUGGGAACUCGAGAGAUUUGGAUACAAAAAAGCUCGAGUCAGUGUUAAAUUACGCUUACUCAAGGUGCUUUUAGAAACUCAAUUUGACUUGAAUCAAAAAUUUAAAAAUGAAGUUAAUAAACAAAUGGCAAGUGAACUUCGACUUGAACCAUUGGGACGCGACAAAACGGGUCUAGCUUAUUGGUUCCAGUUGGACGAAGACUGUAAUAUAAGAGUUUAUCGUGAAGAUCUUGAUGAAGAGAGUUGGGAAUUAGUUGCAAAUGACCGUGAAGGUGUAGUGAAGCUAAUCAAUACCUUAUCAGACGGUGACGUUGGAUCUUUAGCAAUAAAUGAUGACAGCAAUAGUCUAGAGAUCUCUGAAAAGCCGAUAAUUGACACAGGUCAAGUAGCAACGUCUUCACCGAGCGUUGAUGAAGAGCCGGUAUUGCAAGAGAAUGGUAGUGGGAAGGAUUCAAAGAGCCAAGACGCUGCUGUCAAAAAUCACAGCAGCCAAGAGACUAAAAUUAAUAACCCGGUCCCGGUAGUCGAGACAUCAGUAAAGAAAUCCAAUGACCCGGUUGUCAAUAAUGGCGUUGAUGGUGACAAUGAUGAAAGUGAGGGUGAUGAAGAUGAUGAUGAGGAUGAAGAAGACGAGGAGGGUGACGAAGAAGAAGGAGAAGACGAAGAGGAAGAUGAAGAGGUUGAGGAUGAGGAGGAAGAAUUGAGUAAUGAUGAAUCAACACAAAAUACUGAAGAAGAAGGAUCUCAAGAUGUCGUUCCUCCGGUAAAUUCAAAGCCCGCGUCAAAUCAAUUAAAGUUAACGAUCAACGAUAAUAAUGUUAAUGCCAAACGCAAAGCAAAUCAAACCGUUGCUCCGACUGUUUAUGAAAAAGAAAUACCUAAACUGUCGGUUAUAAAAACGAACGCUAUUGAAAUAACGCCGCUUAAGUCGAUAGAGACCCCAGUAAUUACGUCACCAUUGAAAUUAGUAAAUACACAAGAGCCUAAACAUUUUACAACUGAUUUAACGGCUUCUGUUACGAUAUCAGCCAUCAAACCGGCUCAUUUAGACGAUUCAAAGGCCAGCUCUGCUGCAAAUCCUAUUAAAGUACAUGAAAAGAUACCAGCUAAAAGUUCUCUUCCUUAUCACAGUGGUCUAGAAGUAACACUGAAUCAUGGAAAUGUUGGUAAAUUUCCUUUGAAACCGAUAGAUCAAUUGGCUGCUAAUUUGGUGAGAAUGCAGUCGGAAAAAUUGGAGAAACCAAGUGCGUCAAAGUUGUUGGAAAAAAUUGCUGAAAAUUUAGCACGGUCCAGUAGCUCACAAGCAACAACAGUGAUGUCUAACAAUGAAGAUGAUAAAAAUAAAUUUCCGUCAGAUUUUAGCUCGCGAUUAAAUCGAGCUGAAGUCGACAAGCUGAAUAUUGUCGGUUCAUCAUUGAGAUCCUCACGUGCUGGUAUAGAUUUAUCAACAUCGCGUGAUUGGGACAAUUCUAUAGAUCAUCAACAGAGUAGACCAAUGGACUUUUCAGGCAUUGAUUUGUCUAGUCGUAAACAAUCUAAGCCAAUUGUUGAUCCUCUACCAUCACCUGGUUAUCGUGCUCCCCAAGAUUUUCAUCAGUAUCGUGAAAUGGAUUUAAGUACACGUAAAGUUAUGAAACCAGAAUUACCAAAUCUGCCUUAUGACUCACGAACAGCGAUGCUGAGAAAUCAUUCAAUGAUAACUGAUUUAAGUAAACGGCAAAUGCCAUUUGUUAAUUAUGAUUUGCCACCAAGUGUUGCUUAUCACAGUGUAGCUGCUGUUGCAGCUGCUUCUGGUAGAUUGGCUAGCAAGGAUGAGCACAGAUUACCCAGUUAUACUAUUCUACCAGAUCCAAGUAAACUCGCGUCAAUGCGCAGUGGUGCUGUAAAACGUGCAUUAGAAAUUGAUGAAACUCAACAGGACAUGUUGAAAAGAUUGCGUGCUGACUUGUCAAUUGGAGCAAUGCGCGGUGUUUCUAUUGAAAAAAAAUUACCACCGUCAUUGAGUAUGGGGUUACGUCGCGAGGAUAUUGUCGGGCCAGCUAUUGAAGAGCCUUUGAUGAUGGUCCAGGGUGAAGGUUCGGGUAGUGAUUGUGACACUGGUAAUCCUGAGAUCGGUGACGCCAUUGAAGAACCGGUUGUAUUUUUUUACGGUGAAGGUUCUGGGCGUGAUUGUGAGACUGGAAAUCCUGGGGAUGAAACAUCAACGAACAAUAACAAUAAAGACAACGGCAAUGAAUCAAAAAGUGGUGAGGGAUGUAGUGAAGUGUCUGCUAGUAUUUCACAAUCAAAAAUUCAGCAACAAAGUGAAUUAAAUUGUCCAGAAACUAGCAGUAGUGCUAGUGGUAGUUGUAGUAAAUCUGUACAAUUAAAUAAUGACUAUGAAACAGAAUCUAAUAUAACGAGUAAUUGUCAAUCUAUUGACGCUGCUGAGACUUCGGAGUCAAAUAAAACUAAAUUUAAGCCUACAUUAGGGGUUCAGGUAAUCGUUAAAUCUCCUGGAUGCUCGACGAAACGGGCCAGCAGGUGGGAUGUCGGUAGACCUGACGACAAACUUGAAUGUGACAGUAGCAUAUCCAACGAAGAAAACAUAUCAAUGGAGGAGUCUUGUCCUGUUAAUGAUGCUGGUUGUCAAAGUACUAAUGACAUGAAGCUGUCUUGCGAAAUGUCAACGACGGAAUCUAAACUAGACACUGAGGCCAUCAGCAGUACUACCAAUCAAAGUAACUCUGAAAGUAUAACUUGUAUUUCAACGAUUGACUCGUCGGUAUCUUUGGGUAACUCAUCGAGUGUAGUUGAUGAUACGCAGGAGACUAAAGUUGACGAGUUUAAAUGUGAGUCUGCGCAAGUCGUUGAAUCAACAGAGGAAAAAAAUAAUCCCGAUCCAAUGGACAUUGAUACAUCCAAGUGUUUAUUAGAAGAUGAACCACCGAGAUUUUUUUUUGGUCCAAAUUGUGUCUCAUAUACGGCUUCAAAUUCAAAUAAACGUGACCAAAAUGCCACCUCGUCGUCUGUUACUGUCUGUACGGUUAAAAAUGAUCAGCAAAGAACUGAUGACAAUAAUGAUGAUGAUAAUACAUGUGCAUUGGACAAUAAUAAUAUCAAAAGUAUUGAUUUACCUCAAGUUGUCACUGCAGAACCAACAAUUCAACCGGAUGUCAGCAGCAGCGGAGAUAUGAUAGCUUCGGAAAAAGUUUCAGAAGCUAAAAGUCCAAAGUCAGUUGAUAAUAAUGCUGAUGAUGACUCGCCAUUGGCGGAAUUCAGUGACAAUGAUAUUGAAGACACAUUAAAAUCUAUAAAUGAUUAUCUUGAUGAAGAUAGUCAGGAUGAUAAGCAACCAGAUGAUAAUUUGUGUAAUGUAAUCUCUCAAGUGAUGCCUGAAUCCUCAAGUACUUCAGUUAAUUUUCCUGAAGAUGAACGAGGUACCAAAGAAAUAACUGAUGACACGACACCUGAUUCUGAGGAUAAAGGUGAUAAUGAUGAUCAGGGUCAGAAUAUUUCAACUGCUGCAGAAGAGGAAAUGGAAACUCAGACAAUAAAUAAACCGGAAUCAUCAACGGAUUUAGCUGAAGUUUGUUCUACAUCAGCUGAAGAUAAAGAUAAACAACAGGAUGAUUUUGAAGAAAAAGAUAUAGAAGCAGAGGUAGAAGGAGAGAAAGAGAAAGAGAAUGAAGAAGAGGGAAAACAAGAGGAAGUAGACUCAAGUGUUACUGGCAUUGAGACUAAAAUAGAGUCGAUGAAUGUGAGUAUGGAAGAAAAUUUAAGAUCUGAAGUGAUAGAUGAUAUUGCUGAAGAAAAAGACAGUAAUGUUGAUUCAAAUACUGAUGAACAAAUGACUGCUGAUGCUGACGAUAAAGUAGAGUCAAGUACUGAUGAAAAAAUGGAUUUCAAUGUUGAGGUAAAAGUGGACGCUGCGGAAUUUGAUGACGACAAAGUUGAAUCCUCGGUGAAUAAUCUUUGUCUGCCGGUUGAAGAACCAGCUGAAGAAAAUGAAGACAAAGAGGAUUCAAGUACUGAAAGAAAUAAUGAUGCUUUAGCUCUUGAAGUUGAAAAAUUAGAAGCUCAAGCAUCGUGUAGUAAUGCUGGAGCAUUAGAAUUAAAUAAAUCAGAGACCAAAGAAAUUACUUCUGAUAAAUUAGCAUCUGAUGUUGAGUCCACGAUUCCUGAAUCAUUAGAAAAAGUGUCUAUUCAAGAUGAAUCUCCAUCGGCAGCAGUAUCUGCAACGGCUGAGUCAAGUAUUCCUGAAUCAUCUGAAAGUAUGUCAGUAGAAAAUGAAGAACCAGCAGUAGCAGAAGUUGUUGAAUCAACAAUUCCAGAGUCAUCUGGUGUAUCAGCUGGAAAUGAAGAACCAGCAGUUGAAUCGUCUAUUCCAGAAUCUGAGUCAUCUAUUCCAGAAUCUUCAGGUUUGUCAACUCAAUAUGAAGAACAAUCAGCUGUUGGAUCAACGAUUUCAAGUGACAAAGACUUGGAAAAUAUUAGAGACAUUGAAAAGACAAAUGACUCUAAUGAUUCAUUUAAUUAUAAUUUAUCAGAAGAUCAAAGUAUGUCAGUAGAUCAAGACUCAAAUGAGUCAAUGAUUAUCGAUGACAGAACAUCCGAAUCAGUGGACUCAAUUAAAAACAACGAAACAGAAUCGACUGAUAAAAUAAAAAAUCCAGAAGCUGUUGUAGAUUCUAGUGAAAUAACUCAAGCAGCUGAACCUUCUACAUCAGAGUCUCUAGUAGUUGAUACUGUUGACUUUGUUUCUGAAAAGUCAGUAGCUGCUGAAGCGCUGGAACCACCAGCUGAAUUAUCUAAAGCUCAAGACGAAGAUGUUCCGAAGGAAUUUAAAGAUGAAGGCAAAGAGUGCGAAGCCGUUGAUUCUACGACUGGUAAAGAUGCCAGUGAAUUUAGUGAACAUGUGGAUCUUAAUCUUGUUGCUGAGGAAGACUCGUCCAAGUCUGUUUUAGUGAGCCAGACAUCAUUGGUUGCUAAUUAUGGGAGUGAUGACUCUAAUGAUAUCGGCAGUGAUGAUGUUUUCAAUGAAAGUAAAGUAGAGACAACUGCUGGGCAAGAUAAAGAAGCUGAAUCCAUAGAAAGUGAAGCUACCCAAGUUGAAGCUGAACCUGAACUUCAAUCUGAAGAAUUAGAAUCAAAAGUAUCAGUAGAGGAAUCAGAAUUAGAAUCAAAAAUAUUGGUACCUGUUGAUGAUCAAUCUAACGAUGAUGUUUUACCUGAAACGACAGCUGAUAUGGAGACUGAUAGGCCUAAAAGUUCUGAAGAAACUAAAGUUGAAGAUGAACAUAUUGAAGACCAGGUGGAGAAAGUGGAAAAAGAAGAUGAAAGUGUUCCAGAGACUAACUCUGCUGAAAUUGUGAAAGAAUCUGCAGCUACAGAAGUCAUUAAACCUGUAGAUGAUCCAGUAGUUAUAGAUAAUCAAGUAGUUGAGGCUGUAAAAAAUUUAGCAGUUACUGAUGAUAAACCAAUGGAAGCUGAAGAAGAUCCAGUUAUGGAAAUUAAAUCUGUUGAACCUGUUGAAGAUUCGGUGAGACCAGAAGUUAAACCAGUGGAAUCUUUUGGUGAAAGUUUAGAUCAAAAUGAAUCAUCUGAAUCUGUAGAAGAUUCAGUGAUGCAAGAAGUUGAACCAAUUCAGUCAACAGAUUCAACAAUUUUGGAAAUUAAACCAAUGGAAUCUGUUGAAGAUUCAAAAGCCCAACCAGUUGAAUUGGUAGAAGACUUGGGUGUACAAGAUGUCAAACCAGUUGAGUUUGUAGAAGAACCAACAGAUUCAGAAAUUAAACCUGUGGAAGAAGAUUUAUCAGUUCAGGAAGCUGAGUUGGUUGAAUCUACUAAAGAGACAGAAGUUUCAGAAAUAAAAUCUAUUGGAUCUGUAGAAAUUUUAACUGCUGAGAUCAAACCAAUUGAACCUGUUAAAGAUUCAGUACCAGAAAGUAUAUCGAUUAAACCAGUUGAAGAUUCAGUACCAGAAAUUAAAUUAAUUGAACCAGUAGAAGAUUCGGUAUCAGAAGUUCAACCAACUGAACCAAUAAAAAAUUCAGAAGCUGCAGAAAUUAAAUCAAUUGAAGCAAUAGAAGACUCAGCAGCUUCAGAAAUUAAAUCAAUUGAACUAAUGGAAGAUUCGGCAGCUUCUGAAAUUAAAUCAAUUGAACCAGUAGAAGAUUUAGCAGCCUCUGAAAUUAAAUCAAUUGAACCAGUAGAAGAUUUAGCAGCCCCUGAAAUAAAAUCAAUUGAAUCAAUAGAAGAAGAUUCAGCAGCUUCAGAAAUAAAAUCAAUUGAACCAGUAGAAGAUUCAGCAGCUUCAGAAAUAAAAUCAAUUGAACCAGUAGAAGAUUCAGCAGCUUCAGAAAUUAAACCAAUUGAACCAAUAGAAGAAGAUUUGACUAUUGAACCAGUAAAAUUGAAUGAAAUUGUUGAAUCUUCAUCAUCACUUGAAAAUAUUAACUUAAAUGAAGCUGUUGAAGAAAAUUUGACAGUACAAGAGAUUAAACAAAAUGAAGCCACUGAACAAAAUAUAAUAGUUCAAGAGCCUAAAGUACUUGAAGCUGAAAAUUCUACAGCAAUUCAAGAAUUUGAAUCAAUUGAGCCUAAAAAAUAUAAUUUAAUACAAGAAAUAACAUCCAUUGAAGUCGAAAAAAAUUUAUCAACCACAGAAAUAAAAUCAAUAGAUACAGAAAAAGAUUUAUCUUCAGAAAUAAAAUCAAUUGAUGUAUCUCAAGACUCAAGUGUCGUAAAAAAUAAAUCAUUGGAUUCUGAAAGUUUAGUGGAUAAAGAAAUCAAAGACCUUGAAAUUAUUGAGAAAGAUUCAACUGUUACCGAAAUUAAACCAUCUGAAGUAGAACAGGGUCCAAUAGUUACUGAAUCAAUAGUUGAAGGAGUUGAAAAUGAUCUCGAAACUAAGGAGAGUACCAGCAAAGAAAUUACACCAGACGUUAAAGCUAAAGCGAUCGAUUCGCCAGCCUUCCUUUUAACGUCAAAAGAAAAAUCAUUAGAGGUCGAGCCCGAGCUGUCUAUGCUCGAGAUAAAUGAGUUUAAAGAUCAAAACAAACACAAUACAGAUAUACCAGUUGAGAUUUCUGACAAUAAAGUUAAUGAAGAAUACAAAACAAUUGAAAUAAAUGAAACUAAAAUUACUCAAGACGUUUAUAAAAUUUCUAAGGAACAGCCAGUUUGCAGUAACGAUCUCUCAAGAUUUAAUUCCAAGAAAGAUUACCAUUUAGCAGACCAGAAAAUAGGUGGAGAACAAGACCAAGAUGAAGAUGAAGAGGAAGAUGAAGACGAUAAUGAAAAUGAAGAUGAUGAGGAUGAAGACGAGGAUGAAAAUGAAGAUGAUCAAGAGCCAAUUGUCCAAGUUUGUAAGAGACCUAGAACAGAAGCAAUUGAAGAAUUUAAAGAGGCUGCUUUAUCAAAGUCAUCAACGAUAACUCCAGCAGCAACAACAACUGAAAAUUUAAUUUAUGAAAAUAAAAUAUCAAGUGAGGUUCAGCAUAACAGUGAAUAUAUCCAGCCGUUAAUUGUAGCAGCGCCAGUGGCAGCUGUAGUAAAUGCUGACAAUGACUACAAUACAAUAUUGCAAGCUGACAAAAAAUCUGUAACCAUCCUAGAUAAUGCGUCUUCUGAUUCAUACGCAAAAGACACCAACACUCUGGACAAAAAUUUACCUAGUGUUGAUCUUAAUCAAAAGCAGGAUCCACCAGAGUGUAAAUCAAAUUUAAUAGUCAGUAAUGUCAAUGCAGAAUCAACUCCAGAUAUUGUUAUUACCGAGUCAGAGUUUAAAUCUGAUGUUAAAAAAGAAGCGAGCAAAAGAAUCCACAUUCCCAUGGACCUCGAAGAUCUUCCUCCUGUCAAGUUGAAACCCGGCACGGAUUUUAUGAAAGAAGAACCUCGGGCGUUUGCUAAUGACAUCAAAGCUAUCGCUGAUGAAAAGACAGAGAUUUGCAAUACGUCGAUAUCAACAGACAAUGCCUUGGCACCGGUGCUUGAACCCGAGAGCAAGGAAGUGGAAGUAAUUAAGUAUGAAGAUAUUAAACAGGGUCGUAAUAAUAUCAUUGAAAAGCCGGGUAAUGAAGAGGAAGUGACGGUAACGAGCAUUGAAAAUGUCAAAUUGAUGGACUUUUCUGCGAGUGAUGUCAAAUUAGAUUACGAUGAUUCGGACGAUUCCAUGGGAAUUGAUAAUGAGUGUGCAUUUGAACCGACGGAAGAAGACCCGCUGGCUACCACCGAAGACGACGUGGCUAAACAAAUAGAACUGGACAACGAUUUGAAGCUAAAUGUACGGGUUGAGUCUGUCAAUGAAGUCAAGUAUGAUGGAUGGAAACUUGAUUCUACUGAGACAUUUACGACUAUGACGCCGGUGACCAAAGUGUCGAGAAAAAGGCGUAACAGUGCGCAUGAAUCAAAUUCUGAUGACGGUACUGGUCGUCAGGACAAUGAAGACGAAGAGGGUAUGGGUGGGAAACGUAUCAAGUUGAGAGGGAAGCGAACACCUGAUGUUGCACUGAGAAAAUCAGUUGAAAACAGUAGGAUAGAAGUGGCCAGUUCUGAAGAGGAAGACGAAGCUGAAGAUAACGUGAAAGCUGAACCCGCUACGGAAGUUGAGAAAGCUGAUGUUAAAGCUGCCGUAGGUGGUGAUGCUGCUAAACCGCGUGUCAAAGCUAAAGCCCGCAAGCGACGGGGAUUUAGAUCUAAACGUCGGGCCUCGAGGCACAAAAAACCGGAACUUGCUCCGACAACUACAGAAAUUCCGGCGGCUGGUGAAGACAAAACGCCAAUGGAAGAUAACACAGAGUCGACUCCAAGUGCUCGGAAAAAACGCAAGAAAAGAAAAAUGGUACUUGGGCUUGAGAUUGGUAUUGAUAUUAAACCAGAGAUUCAGGCAAAUGAUGCUGGUGAAACACCGGUAAGACAAUCUCGUAGAAUUGCCCAGCUGAAGAUCAAAGAGGAAGCUGAUAGGCGUAGAAUUGAGGAAGAGGCGUUGGGUGAAUUAAAAGAGAAAAAAGAUGCUUCUGAUAAGAAAAAACGUAAAAAACAAAAACCAGAGAGUGAAGAUGAAGUGGUGGUCAAGGAGGUUGAGAAGGAAACAAAGAAAAAGAAAAAGAGGAAGAAGAAAAAGAAGGAAGCUAAAUUUAACGAAGCGAAACCUUGGCAAAGUUCUUCGGGGUCAAGUACCGAAGAUGAAAAUAAUCAUGAUGAAGAUGAGGAUGAUAUUGAAGAUGAUAUUGAGAGUGAAGGGUCACUGCUUUUUAAAAGUGACCAUGAAUUUUCACCCGAGAGUGAUUUGGAGAAAGACCAGGAGCCUGAACCAAUGCGACGAGCAAGAACUGCAAGAAAACCUGAAAGUAAUGUCGAGGAAGCGGAUGAUGAGUACGCGUGUCAGAAAUGCGGGAAAGCUGAUCAUCCUGAGUGGAUUUUAUUAUGCGAUACUUGCGACAAAGGAUGGCAUUGCUCGUGUUUAAGACCCGCGUUGAUGCUGAUACCCGAAGGCGACUGGUUCUGUCCUCCUUGUCAGCACAAAUUGCUUGUCAAUAAAUUACGCGACAGUUUAAAAAAUUACGACCAGUUGGCAAAACGCCACGAGAAUGAACUGCUGAGAAAGAAAAGGUUGGCUUACGUGGGCAUCAGUUUGGACAACGUGCUGCAAAAAGACGGCCACCGUAGUCAGAAAUUGCGACAUUCACGUGACGACGACGACGAUGACGACGACGACGACUCUGAUGAUGAAGAUGAUGACAACGACAAUGACAGGGAUCAUCGUCGCGGUUCUUCAUCCUCAUCUUCAUCUUCUUCCGGAUCUGGUAGCUCUGGUAGCUCCGACUCCAGUAGCGAAGAAAGCGAACCUGUCUAUCAGUUACGUGAACGUCGCUGUGCUAACACUAGUUACAAAUUUAAUGAAUACGACGACAUGAUCAACGCUGCUAUCCAAGAUGAAGUUGAAGCAGUCCAGGGUGCUGGUAAUCAAGGCCGUGGCAAAGAUAUUUCAACGAUCGUCAAUGCCGAGAAGGAGGACGCGAGUGAAGAAGCAUUCAACAAGAAAAAUGAUGACGAUGACGACGAUGAUGACGAUGACAAACAAUCUGAUAAAGACAGCGACAAAGAUUACACUGUUGACAAGGAUGAAGACAUCGACGAAGAUGCUGAAGAACGACGUAAAGUUGCUGCCAGAAAAAUGCUCGCAAAGAAGAAACACCGGAAGCUAAACAGUCUGGAUAUCAGUAGCGAAGAUGACCCAGAGAGUGACGAAGACUUCAAGGGCAGUGACAGUGAUGAAGAAGAAGACUAUGAAGAUCAAAUGGAUUCUUCUGAUGACAGCUCAUUCACUGCCUCACGUAGACGCGGUGGUAAGAAAAAUCAUCGUCCUGUACGUCGAUCCACCAGGGCAGCGCGUAAAACUCGUUAUGACGAAGAUUUUAUUAAUGACGACAGUGAUGACUCCGGUCGUCCAAAACGUAAAAAAUCUAAAUCCACGUGGGAUGACGAGUCUGAGAGUGAGGAGAGUGACAAUUCGUGGCGGAGUAGAAAGAAGAAGAGUAAAUCUUCGUCUUUUGCUAAAUUAAAAACUUUGUCAAGAAGUAAAGCGAAGAAAAAGAAGAAGAGGAAACGUAUUAUUGAGCCGGAAAAUAAGAGCGAUGAUGAUAAUGACAAUGACAAUGAAAAUGAUAACGAUAAUGAUAAUGACAAUGGUAAUGAGAAUGAAAAUGAGAUCAAUAAUGAUAACAAUGAAAAUGAAACUGAAAUGGUUGUUGCUAAUGAAGCUGUCAGUGAAAAUGCAGUUGAAAAUAAACCUGAUCAACCGGUUGAAGAAGAGGAAGAAGAAGAAGAAGAUGAGGAAGAGGAGGAGGAAGAAGAAGAAGAAGAAGAGGAGGAAGAAGAGAAAGAACAAGCAGAUGAAGAAAUGGAACAAGACGAGCCUGUUCAACCUGCCCCUAUUGCUGAACCUAUUGUUGAACAAACUCUGCCGGUACAACCACCCGCUGCUAUUCCUGUUGCUACUGAAGCGACACCUGUUCCUAUCGCUCCUGUAACUGCGACUCCUAUUUACGAUGACAGCAAGGAGAUGGUUGUUGAUGAACCUAAAGAAGAAAAUCAUCUUGUACCGCAGCACCAGGUACCUGAAGUAGCAAAGCCUGAAUUUACCGACGAAUUUCCGGUUCAAGUACAACAGCAACAACAACAAAUUCAAAUACAACAACAACAGCCAGCAUUAACUGAGCAAGAAAUGGACAAGAAAGAGAAGAAGAGACAGAAGAAAAGUGGGAUUAGAAGGAAAAUUAUUUACGGUGGUUUACCUGACGAUAGACCUCAGCAGGAGGAAGAGGAACCGCUUGGCAGACGCACUAGGGGAAGGAAAAUAAACUAUCAAGUUGAUAUCAUUAUGUCUGACAGCGAAGAGGAGUUGAAAAAAGCGCUAAGGAAAACUGAAGAGAGUGAAGACGAAUUUUUAGUACACGACAAUGACGAUUUGCGUGACAAUGACGACAAAGACUCGGAUUCAGGUGACAUUUAUUCGCCAAAGAAAGAUGGGCCUAAAGGAAAGAAUAAAUCUCCCAAGAAUCGUAGAUCUAAAAAGAGUCCAGCUUCUAGAAAGGGACUUAUUGAUAAUGGAGAGCCUAAGCAGAGGAAGAAACCAGGACCUAAACCAGGCAGUAAAAAUAAACCUCGAUCGUCAUUGCCUGGAAUGAUGCCUACAUUAGAAGGUGGCGUGAUGGGAGACGUUCCCGAAGGUUCGUUGACUGGGUUGGGAUCUGCCGACCUGGCGGAUCUCGACGAGGAGCAACUCGAGCAGAUGAUGAUGGAGGACGAGGAGUACGGAAGACGUCAGCUUGAGCUCGCGGCGAUUGAGAUCGCAAAGAACAAGAAAAAAGAAGAGCGGGAAGCUAAAAAACUUGAGAAAGCGCGACUGAAAGCACUGGAGAUUCUUGCUGCUGAACAACAGCGAGAUCCCAAUACACUGGAGGGUCCUGAUGGCGAAGCUCCGAAGAAAAAGAAACGAGGGCGUCGUAGUAAAGCUGAGAUACUUGCUGAGCAGAUGCGGCGCGACAGCAUGGGAGCUGCUGGUGGUUUACCACCAAUGGAUCCAAAUAUACCGAUAACUGUUAAUCCAGCACUGGGACAAGCUCUGCCUCCAGAUGUGAUGAUGCCCGAGAUGGAGCGACCAGUCGAGAGUCAUUUACCGCUCAUAACUGGACCUGAUGGACAGCUGUUCAAUCCUGAUGGAUCACUGGUCAAGCCUAAGAGACGCGGUCGGGGUAAAGGUAAAAAGACCCUAGCGAUGGAGGCCGCGCGAGCUGCUGAGGCUGCCGCAAAGGCUGCCGAAGCUGCUGGGCUUAGUUUGAGCGGUGAUUCUGAAUUAAAAGAUGAUAUUCCUAAUGUUCUUCCUACACCAGGCAGCAGCACAUCAGGCUCAGCGCCCUCAACACCACCAGCAAGUGCUGUUUCAUCGCAAGGUCUACCAGUAACACAAUCAAAUCCAUCAUCAGUUUAUUCCCAAUUGCCACCAAGUCAACAGUCUUCCGUGAUCACGCGAAUGCUUCAAUCCCAGCCAGUAUCUAAUUCCCCACAAUCGUUUACUGCAGCUGCUGCUGCUAUGGGACAAAAGUACUUUGGAGUACCAAAUACAACUGGUCCAAUGAUGCCUAAUCCACGUUCCGGUUACGACAUGUCACCACGUGGUAGAAUACCUUCGCCUUACAGUACUAGGCAACCAGGACAACCGGUAAUGCCACCGCAUUUCGCAGCUGUGAGAUCGGGAAACCCGCCACCAAUUAUGAGAAUGCGAGUACCUGGACCAGCUCAACUCUAUCACACACCCCAUCAUCCAAUGGAUCCGUCACCAUCCGGAGGCGGGCCUAUUUCAAUCAGCAGCCGAGAUCGCGCAUCACCACUGGGACCUGGUCCAGCAAUGAUUUCAGCUUCUGGUAGUCCACUUGGCAAAGGCGGUCCCACACCUCCACCUUACGUACGAAGUGGCCCACCACUGUCCCGAUUCUCUGACACGCCUCAGCUAGGUCCGAGACAUCAGUUACCACCAUUUACAAGUGCCUCGGCAGCGAAUCACAGCCUGCAACAGCCAUCACCGCCACCGAAUCGACCACCAGGUAAUUUUUCACCGUAUCAUCCUCAGCCACCGCCCAACUAUCACUACGGAGCUUAUCCACCGCCAGCUCCUAUGACCACUGCCGAUGACGCAGCAGCUUAUCAAGGAUCUCCCUACUCAGCCGAGCAUUUUUCAACAUCUACUGAAAAUCCACCGCCACCACCGCCGACUAUUCAAGCGCCACCUGCGCCUCAGUCUUCACAACCACCAGCACCACCACCACCUCAUUCUACGGAGCCGGCUCACACCCACGCGCAUCCUGUGCCCCAUGGACCGGCUCACGGUGGACCUGGUCCAGGUCCUGGACACCCAACUGCUCAUCCUGGACACCCACCCGGUCAUCCUGGACACCCUCCAGGUCAUCCUGGACACCCUCCAGGUCAUCCUGGACAUGGGAAAUACGACGAAGAAGGUACUGGUGAAUUUGGCGGCCUAGUUUCUUAUUUCAGUAGCCAACGGGAGGACGAUCUCGACUCGUAGCAUGAGUGAGUUCUUGGCCAACCUUAAAUCUUUUUCUUAUCCAAAAGAUUUAAUUAUUAUUAGCGAACUCAUCAUUACUUUUAUUACAACUCAACUAAAUACUGUCCUCUGACUGGAUAUCGUAUUUAAAUAUUCUAUCUCACCAACGAAUUUUAAUGCGUGAAAAUUUAAACUGAUUAAUUUUUAUUAUAAAUUACUAAGUGCCAUUGGAUUUAUUAGUAAUUAAAAAAUUAAUCAAUCAAUCAAUUUACUAUCGAGACAGUCGAAGAUGAGUUCAAGGUUGGCCAAGUCGACUUAUUAAGUUCAAAAAAAGUUUUAUUUUUUCCUUUUUUUUUUUUUUUUAAUUAACCAACAAAUUAAUUUUUAUACAUCAGAUUAUUGUCUCUAAAUUUAUUUAAUUAUAUUUCUUUUUUACAAACAAAAAUUGUGGGCACUCGCAAUAUCUAUUGACCGAAAUAAUAAUUUUUUAAAUUUGGUUGUGCUAUCGGUCAGUUAAAUUUAUAAAUUAAAAUAUAACUAAAGAGUUUUAAAUUUAACUGCUUAAAAUCUUGAUAAUUUUCUAAGCCGGUGUUUUUUUUUAUGUACAUAUUGUAAAUAUAAAUAUAAAAGAAGAAACAAAUAAUAACAAUUAGAUUCUAUAUUACAUGUAUUAUAUAUUAAACAGUCACGUAAAAACAAAAAAAAUAAAUAAAUAAUAAUAAUAAUAAUAAUUAUCUAAGUUAGUGCAAAGGGCACAAAUGUAAUAUUUAAAAAUAUAAUAAAUUUUUAAAAUACAUUAUUAAUUAUAUAAAAUAAAAUACGGCAUCUGAAUCUUGAUAUAUA